AUGGCUUUGAUUGUCGGCGACGAUUUCCAGCACAUUUUGCGCGUUUUAAACACGAACGUCGAUGGACGCGAGAAGAGAUCCAAAACCUGCGCAUUUGUGUUUGAAUGGACGACGCUGUUUGGAGAAACAAACUCGCGAGUAAAAUCGUUCGCGUCGCGUUCAGAAAGUAUUUCCGCGCGCGAAUGCGUGCUUUUGGAGCGAGUGGCGCGUUCGCGUGGUGUGUUGCGGCGCCGAGAUGGCAACGAAAUUUCCUCGACAUUUCGAGCACCACCAAACACGAAGAGCGAAAAAGGGUCCAGAGAGACCAAUUUUCCUCUCCGUUCCUCGCGUGGCUUUCGAUCACCGAGUUCUCUUUUUCUCUCUCUUUUGCGCUCUCCCUGGUGUUUAUACCGUUUACUAUUGUUACUCACACGCUUGCCUUUCUCACACAUAAAACAGGUCAUGUACUCUCUCACGAAAAUCAAAGGCAUCGGGCGUCGAUUUGCCAACAUCAUCUGCAAGAAGGCGGAAAUCGACAUGGGGAAAAGAGCCGGGGAACUCUCCGCGGCUGAACUCGAAUCGUUGAUGGUUAUCGUCUCCAACCCGAGACAGUUUCGCGUGCCGGAUUGGUUUUUGAACAGAAAGAAGGACGUGAAGGACGGUAAAUAUUCGCAAUUGACGUCGAACCAGUUGGAUACCAAGUUGAGAGACGACAUCGAGAGGUUGAAGAAGAUGAGAAACCACAGAGGUUUGAGACACUACUGGGGGAUCAAGGUGAGAGGCCAACACACGAAGACGACCGGGAGAAGAGGGAAGUUGGGCAAGUAA